UGCAAAAUAAAUGUAAAAUGAGCCCAUUUAUUUAUAUCUUUUAUUAUUAUUGAUCGUGCACCUUCUGUGGUAAUUUCAAUGUCCUAUGAUUUGCAAGUACGAGGUAGAGAGUCACUGUGGGCAUUAAUGAGACCCUGUUAAGAAUGGCGGCUGUGUAUCAGUUUGUAAAACAAUUCGGGAAAAAUAUAUCUUCGCUACAAUCCAAUAGGAGUAUAUCGUUAUCUGCGACCACGCGUAUAAAAGAAAUAAUCGAGAAGAAGGAAGGUAAUACUUUAACCAUCGAAGGCACGUUUGUGCCCCACAAAAAGGAACAUUUACUGUUGAAGAACGAAUCGAAGGCGUGUCCCGUGUGCGCGGCGGGCCUCCACAUUAAACACACUGAUGUUCUUAUUUUAAAUCAGUUUGUGCGAUCAAAUGGUACUAUGUUGCCGCGUAGGCUGACUGGUCUGUGUCAAAUACAGCAAAAAAAGAUGAACAUUAUGGUGACCAUGGCUCAGAAAGCAGGCUUGAUGCCAAACCUGGCUCCGGAAAAAAGUAAAAAAGACCCCAAAAGGAGGAGAGACUGGAAAAAGUUUAACACGUACUACGAUGAAAAAACUAUUAAAUUUUAUUAUAACAAACGUUAAAUGUACACAUAGCGUAGUAUUAAAUGGCACAUGUUAUAUCACAU